AUGUCGUCGAGGUUGGUCAGUUCUCUGAUGGAGGGAGAGGUGAAGAAGAGAAGGAGGAAGGACCAGAUGGUGAAUCUGAUUGUUGUGUCUUUGCUCCAGUCUGCUGCGGCCAGCCUUAUCACCGCAGAGUUGUUUGAAGUCAGAGGCCAGCGUGUGUGUAGGGUGGAUCGGGGCCGGCCCUGCUAUAAACUGGCAUAUUUUUCUGACCCUGGACGGCGGCUCAGCUUCCUGGAGGCGAAGCUAGCGUGUCGCCGUGACGGAGGGGAGCUGCUGAGCGUUGAGUCACCGGCCGAGCAGCGAAUCAUAGAGCAGCUUGUCACUGAGCUCCGUCCCUCCGACGGAGACUUCUGGAUUGGCCUUCGUCGUAACCAUGGUGACACGGAAAACGUCUACGACUGUCCCUCACAGUACUACUGGACCGACGGGAGCCUCGCCUCCUUCAGGAACUGGCACUGGGACGAGCCGUCCUGUGGAUACGAGGUGUGUGUGGUGAUGUACCACCAACCGUCCGCCCCGCCCGGCCUCGGAGGACUCUACAUGUUCCAUUGGAACGAUGACAACUGUGACACCAAGAACAAUUUCAUCUGCAAGUACACUGCAGAGCCUGGUUCCUCUGGUCUACCCAGUACAGCCAGAAGAGGACUGGCCACCCCUCAGAGCCUGGUUCAUCUGGUCUACCCAGCUCCUGAACCCUCCCCCAACACUGCACACCCAGAGGCUCCUCCCUUGUCUCUGUCACCCCUGACCACGACCUUUGACACUGAAGAGAAGAGACACACCCCAGCUCUGAACAUUGUUUACAUAGUCCUGCCCAUCAUCCCGUUGUUGAUGGUGUUACUAAUAGCAACUGCGGUCUUCUGCUUCACGCUGCUGGCUCGACGGAAGCGGCGUGAGCAGCAGACAGAGGUGUGUCCUAGCGACCCAGGGUCCUGUCCAAACCCCGCCCAGCCGCCUGACGUCUACAACGUGAUUCGCUCUCAGCAGGAGGCCGACCUGGCUGGAACACGCCCCCACACCAAGAACACUUCCUUCUUAGGCUCCUCCCCCGACAUGUCCCCUGGUGACUAUGACAACCUGGGGGGUCUGCGAGACACGGAGAGUGGUUUCGUCACGCUGGCCAGCACAGAGAGCAACUUCCAGUUGACCUCUGAACUCUAUGACCUUAGUCUGGGGCGACGCAAAGACGACUCAGACAUUUACCACAACAGUCUGGGUCGCAACGGAGAGGUUUAUAACAACAGUCUGGGUCGGCAUGGUAACCGAGAGGGUUAUAACAACAGUCUGGGUCGUCAUGGCAACAGAGAGACGCACGAUAACAGUCUGGGUUGUCACGGCAACGGAGGGACGUACAACAACAGACUAGGUCUUCAUGGCUGUGUGGUGAAGAGCAGUGAGCUGUACAACACUAGUCACUAUAGAGACAGUCUUUACCAAACCAGCCCGGAUCGCUAUGGUAACCCUGAACAGCACGAGAGAAGCCUGGGUCGUCAUGGGAACGAUGCCAGUGUAGAUUGCUAUGGGAAGAAGGCCACUGUGGGUUACUAUGGCAAUGAGGGCAGUCUGGGUGGGAAGUGCUACAAAGAGUGGUUGGACAGUGAUAGCAACUAACAACUACUGACAGCUACUGACAGUGACAGCUACUGACAUAUACUGACAGCUACUGACAGUGACAACUACUGACAGUUACAUCUACUGACAGCUACUGACAGCUACUGACAGUGACAGCUACUGUGACAACUACAGACAACGACUGACAGCUACUGACAGUGACAACUACUGACAGUUAUAUCUACUGACAGCUACUGACAGCUACUGACAGUGACAACUACUGACAGUUAUAUCUACUGACAGCUACUGUGACAACUACUGACAUACACUGACAGUGACAACUACUGACAGUUAUAUCUACUGACAGCUACUGUGACAACUACUGACAUACACUGACAGUGACAACUACUGACAGCUACUGACAGUGACAGCAACUGAAAGCUACUGACAUAUACUGACAGUGACAACUACUGACAGUUACAUCUACUGACAGCUACUGACAGUGACAGCUACUGUGACAACUACUGACAGUGACAGCUACUGUCAGUGACAGCUACUGUGACAACUACUGACAGCUACUGACAGUGACAACUACUGACAGCUACUGACAGUGACAACUACUGACAGUUACAUCUACUGACAGCUACUGACAGUGACAGCUACUGACUGUGAAACCUACUGACACUGACAGCUACUGAGAGUGAUAGCUACUGUGACAGCUAUUGACAGCUACUGACAGUGACAGCUACUGACAGUAACAGAUACUGACAGUGACAGCUACUGUGACAGUUACUGACAGCUACUGAGAGUGAUAGCUACUGUGACAGCUACUGACAGUGACAGCUAUUGACAGUGAAACCUACUGACAGUGACAGCUAUUGACAGCUACUGACAGUCUGUGUGUGUGCAUGGCCCUGUUAUGCUGCCCUCCCCUGAGGGGUCACUGUCAGGUCAUGAACCUUGACCCCAGCUGUGCCUGAGACACCAAAGCCUGGUCCUGUCCUCCUCCUGUCUCAUCCUCCUCCUGUUCAAAUAUUGUCCCAUUCUUCCCUUGCUGCCUGACCACAACAUGACAACAAUAAUUUAGGCAUGAUAGGCCCGAUUCAGAACACACCCCUUGAAUUGGCACUUCUCUGUCAUUGGUAUACAGACUAACCUUGUGCAGGUGCAUAAUGAGCUUUGCACGCAUGGCUCCCUUUCGCGCGCUGAAUACAUUUAAUACAACUCCUGAAAUCCCUCCCACUUGCUGGCCAACAGAUUUACUCGUGGAGUCAUUAAUUUACUUGUGGAGUCAUUUCAUUAAAUAGGGUUUUCAGUACUUUUAUCUAAAGCCAUCCCUUUAAAUUUGGUGUACCUUUAAUUCUCUACAGACUCUAAUACAUGGAGAGAACGGUUCAGAAUAUUAGGGAUCACUGAAAUAUAUGCAUAGUCAUCUACUUUUCAGCAACAAUUGGUAGAUAAAAAUAUACUCUGAUCUUGUUUAUUAUUUAGGGAUAGGAAAGUUUUUAUAUAAUAAUAAAUAUACUAACAGCGUUGGAGAGCCUUUAUGCACGAAAUAUAUGUGAAUAAAAAAUACAAUGGUUUGAUUUUAUCGUGAAAGUUGCCAUAGGAGUAGCCUAGUGGUUAGAGUGUUGGACUAGAGCUGACAAGAUAAGCAUCUGUCGUUUUGCCCCUGAACAAGGCAGUUAACCCACUGUUCCUAGACCAGUUAACCCACUGUUCCUAGACCAGUUAACCCACUGUUCCUAGACCAGUUAACCCACUGUUCCUAGACCAGUUAACCCACUGU